GGCUACGUCAUUUCCGCCCUCAAGCGGAGGUACAAAGCCCUGCGAACAUGGCGGCGUCGAAGGUGAAGCAGGACAUGCCCCCUCCGGGGGGAUACGGCCCCAUAGACUACAAGCGGAAUCUUCCGCGUCGGGGACUGUCGGGCUAUAGCAUGUUUGCCGUGGGCAUUGGGACCUUGCUGUUCGGGUACUGGAGCAUGAUGAAGUGGAACCGCGAACGCAGGCGCCUGCAGAUUGAGGACUUUGAAGCCCGUAUCGCACUGAUGCCGCUGUUGCAAGCAGAGAAGGACCGGAGGGUCUUGCAGAUGCUUCGGGAGAAUCUGGAGGAGGAAGCCAUCAUCAUGAAGGAUGUGCCUGAUUGGAAGGUGGGUGAAUCUGUGUUCCACACAACGCGCUGGGUGACCCCCAUGAUGGGCGAGCUAUAUGGACUACGCACGAAUGAGGAAAUUCUCAACGCCACCUACGGCUUCAUCUGGUACACGUAGGGGCCGCCCCUCGGCCACUGGACCCUGCCCACUUCCCACAGGAGAGAAUAAAAGCCCUGGAGACCUGCC